AUGCAAGCAAAAAGGGUAAGGUACGACGUCAUCGGCCUGGCCGAGACGAGAAGAUGCCAGCCUUUCAACGCCGUCUAUGACACCGGAGAAAAACUGUUCAUCGGAACAUGCGACAGUAGAGGAGUCGGCGGCGUCGGCGUUCUCGUCAACACGAGUUUGUUCAUGAACAUCGAUUCAUUCGAGCAACUUGCAAUCCGAAUCGGACGUUUACGGUUGAGAAGACGUGGAUCAAUUUUGGCUUUGACAAUCUCCGUCGUUUACGCGCCGACAUCAAACUAUGACAAAGAAGAAGUCGAAGCGUUCUAUAUUGACUUGGAGAAGCUCUACAGAGUAGACCACACAUUCUUCAUGGCCAUCAUUGGAGAUUUCAACCCCAAGACUGGACCAAGAAGAACGUCUGAAGAAAGUCACAUUUGGACCCACGGAUUAGAAUGGAACAAGCAGGGUGAGCGGCUAUAUGAGUUUAUCAUGGCGAACAAGACAACUCAUGGUAACUCGCAAAACGAUGCAGAGAGGCGAUAA